AUGUCGAAGUUGACGAUACCUAUUCCAGACCUCCGUUUCGAAAAUACUUUUAGGAGGUCCUUGCGUAGCUACGCUUCAAAGACCGGGAAAUCGUCGGUGCAAACCACCCAAAGCGAGAAGCUCCAGCCAGUAGGACCAAUAACCCCAGGUGUGGUGAUCUACGCAAUAAUAAAGGAUCAAAUUUUGAUGCAGUUUUUGCAAGGCUUUGGUACAGCGGUGUUUUUCAUGUUGCUAGCGCCUUAUGGUAAAUAUAUGGUGAAUUCGGGCAGACGUUGGGGGAUGUUUGCCAGAUCAAGGUUGGUGGGAUUUUUCAAAGGAUUUGGAAAUACUGGUGGUAGGGCUUACAGACCUAGUUUUUCAAUAUAG